AUGUUGAUAUUUUGAUAUUAUCAACAACCCUAGAGGCUCCAUCGAUGGGCAGAGUUUUUAUAUAAGCCCCUCUAUGUGCCACUCGUCUCUCGCCAGGAAUAACAACAACCAGCCAGGCCAGGCGACAACAACAUCGCACACGCGUAUAAAUAAACGUGAACGCAUGUACUUAAUAUUAGCAUAGAGUUGUCGCCUGCGCGUAUUACAUAUACAUAACGUCCGUAUACUCCCAUGACAACGGGACCUCACAUCCAGAACAACAACAGCAGCGGAGGAACAGUUAAACGAAUAGGAGGAGCAGAGGAACCCAAGGGGAAUUUUUAGAGUCCAACAGGCACCCACCACACUACCACAAGCACUAAAAGAUCUCGAUGUUGGUGUAAGGAAGCAAAAACACCUGCUGCUGCUGCCUGUGGAAAAGCUGAAGGAAUAGCUGCUCCAAACUGCCCAGGUGACAUCAAACCAGUUGGAGGCGACGCACCGGCCGCCUUGAGGAAACGGAAACGGUCACGCACACGAUUUCGGAGUAGCGACCACUAUGAACGCCAGCCUCAUCUAUGAGAUACUCAUGUAUCUGAACUCGUUCUACUUUGGCAUGUACGCCGCCUUCGAAGUGGGCGUGUGCGUUUUGAAGGGGAUCUACGGCGAAAACGUGCUGUACCGGGAGGCCAGUAUCCUGCUCUCCCUGUGCAUCAUAGAGACCCUGCGCAUCGUCUUCGGUCGCAAGAGCAGUCUCAGCGAUCGUGGCUGGCAAGCAACCGCAUCCGUAAUAUUAACACUGCCCAGUCUUGCUAUUGUUAUCUACUUGUGUUGUUUUCAAACCUUUGUUCUCAAACUCGAAAUUAUUCUGAGUGCCUUAAUGAUCACCCUACAAGGUGCUGAACUAGUCUACGCCAGCAUAUUCAUUUGUACAAUGUGUCGCCCCGUGACAUACACCUAGCAGUUGAUAAACCACGUUGCCGCCGCCACGUCAACGACCAAGAUCGAGAUCAAGACCAAGCCAGCACUAACACUCCCACCUGGAGGAGAAGGAGGCGGAGGAGAAGGAGCAUCCACAGCCGAGCGACGACUACGACGAAGACGAGACACUUUCCUUUGGCACUUUCACAUCAAGCGAUUCGCAAAGACCUCCAAACUGAGCCACCAGUACACAACAAACUACACUAGUCCACUUAAGGAUCCACUUUUAAUACCCGGAUAUUAGAGGGAUUUCAUAGCCGAAACAUACCCAUUGGGUGUCACUCAAGGUACGUGGACCUUUAUG